UCGUUUCAUGCAACCGUUACGAGGCACUCCAGCUUAUUGGGAAAAAGGCCUCCGUGAUUUGCAUGCCAUGGUUCGGCAGCUUGGAAAACCUACCUUCUUUGUGACCUUCUCCGCGGCUGAAAUGAGAUGGCCAGAGUUCAUUGAGGCCAUCAAAGCUCAGCAUGGAGAACAGGUAGCGUUUUCAGAUCUUGACUGGAAUGCAAAGUGCGAUAUUCUUAGAAGCAAUCCGGUCACUGUCAUGUGCAUGUUUGAGAAGAGAGUGGACGCGCUUUUCACAGACCUCAUUCUUUCCCCAGCACAGCCUCUUGGACCUGUUGAGGAUUACUUUUAUCAUGUGGAGUUUCAGGCAAGGGGUUCACCUCAUAUACAUGCAGUGAUCUGGAUUAAGGAUGCACCCGAGAUGGAAGACCCGGCAUGUUGCGAUGGAGUCAUAAAUUUCAUCGACCGCUACAUUUGCUGUCAACUGCCCGAUGAAACCGCAGACCCCGAGCUCCAUAAAAUUGUCAAGGAGGUUCAGAUGCACAGCAGAAGCAUUCGAAAUCGUGCAAGAAAGGAAACGUCGAAUGCCGAUUUGGAUUCCCCAAACUACCGAUGGAAAGAACCACGAUCACUGUCCCUCAGUUCGAUUUGGAUUUGGAAGAUGACGAGAAAAAAGCUGAGCAAGUAAAGGAAAAGAAAGGUCGGAAGAAGUCCAAAAAAUCCAGAUCCAGAAUCAUCUCUACACUACAAACGGUGGCUAAGAAGAAGCUGAAGCCUGUAAGGGAUUUACUUAUGGACGAAAAAUCAUCUUUCAAGGAUUUGUCGGAGCUACUCCAGGCUUGUAACAUGACCAGGCAGGAAUACAGGUACUAUGUUGACGCUCUCACUUCUGGGAUGGUGGUAAUGAUGAAGCGGGACCCCAGGGACGCUUGGGUAAACGGUUACAACCCAGUUCUCCUCCGUGCGUGGAAUGCCAACAUGGACAUUCAGUAUGUGCUUGAUGAGUACAGCUGCAUCGAGUACAUGAUGUCCUACAUAGCCAAGCCAGAGCAUGAAAUGGCACAGUACCUCAAGUCUGUCGUUGAGGAUCUGAAGAAGUCCAAUGUCAACCAGCAGGAUGAGAUGAAGAAGAUCAUGCAGGCUUAUUCAAAACGAGAGGUCAGUGCUCAGGAGUCUGUAGCACGCACCUGCAGUCUACCUCUUAAGAAGUCGUCACGUAGUGUCAUUUUCAUUCAAACGGGUGAAGACGCUGUGAAAAUGAGUCUUCCAAUGAGCAGACUCAUGAACAUGGGCCCAGAUGAGGAGGAUAUCUGGAUGAAAGGAUUGCCAGACAAAUACGUCAAAAGACCUCAAAAUGUGGAAUUUGAAGACAUGUGUUUGGCUGUAUUUGUCUCUGAAUACAGGGUCCUGUAUGGUAGGCAAAUUGAAGGACCCAAUGCAAUCCCUCUCUUAAACGAAGCCGGAUACAUCCAGAAGAGAACAGUGGGGAAGCCAGCCGUCAUUAGAUUCACUCGUUUCUCCGAAAAGAAACAGCCGGAAAAAUUUUACAGGCGGCUCCUGAAGUUGUACUUGCCACACAGGAGCGACGAGGAUCUCAAAAGUCAGGAACACCCAUCUUAUGAAACCUUCUACAACAAUGGACGUCACCGUAGGUGGAGUGUCAAACAAUGGGUAGACUUUAAUCGGAAGAGGUAUGAAGGACAAGGGAAAAAAAUCGACAAGAUCAUGGAGAAAAUGAAAAAGCAAGGACCAGUUCGGAAUGCUUGGAACACUUUUGCGCCCGAGGUUGAAGUCGAGCGUUUGGAAUGUGUUGCGCAGCGGCCAGUGGUGGAACAAGACGAAGAGCAGGACCCGGUUCCCGAAUACCAAAUGGAUGUAACCCUGCCGGCGAUUGAAGUACCUAAACUGAGCCCUGACUUUGUGCGACAAAUGUUCCGCAGUUUAAACCAGACUCAGUCAUCCAUAUUCUAUGCCAUUCGUCAUUGGUGCCUGCAGCGUGUCUGGGGUCAGAACCCAGAACCCUUCUUUUACUUCUUGACGGGAGGAGCCGGGUGUGGUAAAUCGCAUGUCAUCAAAUGCGUUUACCAGGAGGCAACUAAGCUUUUGCGUCAGCUUCCUAGAUUGCGGGAUGUCGGUGACAUGUCUCAGCCCACUGUGCUCCUCACCGCUUUCACUGGGACUGCGGCGUACAACAUUUCAGGCAAGACUUUGCAUUCCAUCUUGAAGCUCCCCAAAAGCUUGAAGCCACCUUAUAAGGGACUUGGAAAUGCCCUGGAUGAGGUCAGAGCAGUUCUUUCCAAUGUGGAGAUCUUGAUUAUUGAUGAAAUCUCCAUGGUUUCUAAAGAACUAUUGGCAUAUGUUCACUGGAGAUUUCAGCAGAUCAAAGGGAACACAAGGCCGUUUGGUGGGGUCUGUGUUCUUGCGGUGGGAGACUUUCACCAACUGCCCCCCUUGGGAGCUUCAAGACCUCUUUGUGUCAUGGAGGAUGGUGUACUUGAUCUCUGGAAUGAGAAUUUCUGCCUAGUAAGUCUAACCGAAAUCAUGCGGCAGAAGGAUGACAAAGUCUUUUGCUGA